GAGUCUGCUAAGCCUUUGCAAAUCUGCAUCGUGGGCUCUGGCAACUGGGGCUCGGCCAUCGCCAAGAUCGCGGGCAGCAACGCGGCGCGGCUGAGCGGCUUCGAGAGCCAGGUGAGGAUGUGGGUGCUGCAGGAGGAGGUGGGCGGCCGGCGCCUCACCGACAUCAUCAACACGGAGCACGAGAACGUCAAGUACCUGCCCGGCCACAAACUGCCCCCCAACGUGGUGGCAGAGCCAGACCUGCUGAAAGCCUGUGCUGAGGCUGACAUCCUCCUGUUUGUGGUGCCCCACCAGUUUAUUGGCAAAGUCUGUGACCAGCUCCAGGGCCACGUGAAGAAAAACGCUGUUGGGAUGUCACUCAUCAAGGGGGUGGAUGAAGGACCAGAUGGGCUGAGGCUGAUCUCAGACAUUAUCCAUGAGAAACUGGGAAUAGAGAUGAGCGUCCUCAUGGGGGCCAAUAUUGCUAAUGAAGUGGCAGAGGAGAAGUUCUGCGAAACAACCAUCGGCUGCAAGAACCUGCAGCACGGGCAGAUGCUGAAGGAGCUGAUGCAGACACCGAACUUCCGAGUGACAGUGGUGGAGGAGGCUGACACUGUGGAGAUCUGUGGGGCUCUCAAGAACGUUGUGGCUGUAGGAGCUGGUUUCUGUGACGGGCUGGGCUAUGGAGACAACACCAAGGCUGCCGUGAUCCGUCUGGGACUGAUGGAGAUGAUUGGCUUUGCCAAACUCUUCUGCAAGGGCCCUGUCACCUCCUCCACCUUCCUGCAGAGCUGUGGGGUUGCUGACCUCAUCACCACCUGCUAUGGGGGCCGCAACAGGAGGGUGGCUGAGGCUUUUGCCAAGACUGGGAAGUCUAUUGAGCAGCUGGAGAAGGAGAUGUUGAACGGGCAGAAGCUGCAGGGCCCCCAGACGUCUGCUGAGCUGCAUCGCAUCCUUAAGAGCAAGAACGUGGUGGAGAAGUUCCCCCUCUUCACAGCUGUGUAUCAGAUCUGCUACGAGGGCAAACCUGUCACUGAUGUCAUCAAGUGUCUGCAAAACCACCCUGAGCACAUGUGA